GCCGUGUACUCCAAUAGCUCCACACACACAGCUGCAACAAGGAGGCUGACUGGAGGGAGGAGAGGAAAACAUGGCGACCGGGUAUGCGUGGUUCCUUGUGCUGGGGUCGGUUUUUCUGUGCAACCUCAUGAAAACACUCCUGCCGACCAUAUCCUCUUUCCUCUCAAAGAUGGUGCAGAAAGAUGCUGAGCAGGAGAGUGAGAUGAGGGCUGAGAUUCAGGAGAUGAAGAAGGAGCAGUCCUCCAUCAGCAUGAUGGAUGAGUUUGCGAGAUAUGCCAGACUGGAGCGCAAAAUCAACAAGAUGACAGACAAGCUGAAGACACAUGUGAAAUCAAGAACAGCACAACAAGCCAAAAUGAAAUGGGUGGUGAACAUCGUCUUUUAUAUACUGCAGGCUGCUCUGAUGAUCUCUUUGAUAUGGAAGUAUUACUCUGAUCCAGUGACAGUGGUCCCCAGUAGAUGGAUUGCCCCAGUGGAGCGCCUUGUGGCCUUCCCAACAGGAGUGGCAGGUGGAGUGGGAAUCACAUGCUGGUUGGUGGUUUGCAACAAAGUAGUAACACUCGGACUUCAUGCCGUCAGCUAGGGAUGAAAAGCUGUGAUCAUAAACAUUAAACACAUUGUUCUCCUAACUUAUUGUUCAACAUUUUGUUAAUGAAAGGUACAGUUUUGUUCCAUUAUGAUUAUUUUUUUGUCAGCUGCUCCAGGUCAAAAUGCAGUGCAUUUUGGUGUCUCAUUCUGCAACACAGUAAUUUUGGUGUCAUUUAAUGUUGUGAUGAUAAUUUUGUAAGUUAAUUGUGAGAAUGUUUUGAUUCUAUAUUAUUUUAAAAUGUAAUGGUUUGGAAAUAUUGAGGUGCCUUUUUUAAAAUAAAAGAUAACAAAGAAAAGCUUUGUUUUAUUGUCACUUUACAAAUUUGGGGUCGACCAAUAAAACAUGUCAGACCAAUAAAAA